AUGAAUUUAGAUGACCCUAUCGAUACAUCGGUAGAUGACCGUGUCGCUCUCUACGAGCCUAUGGACAUUGACAUUGGCACGGACGUAGGCUGCAGUACCGAGACGAUUAUGCAAAUGGCCAUGGCAAUCGCGGUGUCCGCUCCCGCUCCGACGCCGUUUAGGACGCCGCAGUCGAUGCCGCAGGGACAGUCCAAAUUCCCAUAG